AAAAAACAUUGUUAAUUUCCUUAAACUUUCAUUAUUUUUCAUCACAAAUUUUGUAUAUUCAAAGUUUGAAUCUAAACAAGGUGAUGAUAAUUGAAAUUCAUAGUUUGAGAUUUUUAGGAACAUAAUUUAUCAAUAAAAAAAAAAGAUCAAAAUUCAUUUGUUAUGCAUGUAAUAAUAUGUCAUCAACAAGUCCACCAAAGAAAACAUUAUCAUCAUCUUCUUCAUCAAAUAAUGCUGGAAGGCCACCACAAGCAGUAAGAUUCGGACGAAGAACAUCAAGUGGACGUAUACUUAGCCUAUCUCGAGACGACGAUAUAGACAUGUCGAUUGAUAACAUGGAUUACACAGUAGUAAUGCCACCAACACCAGAUAAUCAACCAGGUGUUACAGCACAAGGAACAGGGGUAGCUCAUUCUUCAUCUUCAUCUUCAACCUCUCGUUCGAGGUUACAGUCACAACGAGAUAACAAUGGAUCAAUUGGAGGAUUAUCUGGGAAAUUAGACAGAAGAGUUUCAGUGUUGAAAUCUAACAGUAAGUCUAUGUUAAUGAGAAGCCAAACAGGGGAUUUUGAUCAUAAUCGAUGGUUGUUUGAGACUAAAGGAAAGUAUGGGAUUGGGACUGCUUGUUGGUCUGAUGAAGAAGCUUAUGAUGCUACUACUGCUGGGAUGACCAUGGAUGAUUUCAUGGAUAAGCCAUGGAAGCCUCUUACAAGAAAGAUCAGUGUUCGUCCUGCUAUUAUCAGUCCAUACAGGUUACUAGUGGUGAUACGGUUGGUAGCACUGGUUCUGUUUCUAACAUGGCGAGUACAAAACCCGAAUCAAGAUGCACUCUGGUUAUGGGGAUUAUCAAUUGUUUGCGAAAUUUGGUUCGCCUUUUCAUGGUUAUUAGAUCAAUUACCUAAACUCAACCCCAUUGAUCGAGCUGUAGACCUUGCAGCAUUAAAAGAGAAGUUUGAGCAACCUUCCCCUACAAAUCCUCAUAGUCGUUCCGACUUACCAGGAAUUGACAUAUUCGUUUCAACUGCUGAUCCUGAUAAAGAACCACCUCUUGUUACUGCAAACACUAUAUUAUCCAUUCUUGCUGUUGAAUACCCUGUUGAGAAAGUCUCCUGCUACAUUUCUGAUGAUGGAGCUGCAAUCCUAACUUUCGAGGCUAUGGCGGAAGCUAUAAGUUUUGGUGAGCUUUGGGUGCCUUUUUGUAGGAAACACAACAUUGAACCCAGAAAUCCAGAUACUUAUUUCAACUUGAAGAAAGACCCUACAAUUAAUAAGAAGAAGCCUGAUUUUGUCAAGGAUCGAAGAUGGAUUAAGAGGGAGUAUGAUGAGUUUAAGGUCAGGAUUAAUGGUUUACCAGAUGCGAUUAAAAAACGGUGUGACAUGCUUAAUUCUAAGGAUCAGUUACAGAGGAGUGUUAGUACUACUUCAAGUGAUAAAGAUGGGAUUAAUCAUGAACAACUCGAGGUUCAACAAGCUACAUGGAUGGCGGAUGGGACCCAUUGGCCCGGAACUUGGUACCAAAAGGCCCCCGAUCACUCGAAAGGAGAUCAUGCAGGGAUUUUACAGAUAAUGAGUAAAGCACCAGAUAUUGAUCCAGUUUUCGGUCAUUUUGAUGAAAAGAGACUUGAUUUUACUGGUGUUGAUACCCGUCUACCCAUGUUUGUGUAUGUAUCUAGGGAAAAAAGACCUGGAUUUGACCACAACAAAAAGGCCGGAGCUAUGAACGCAUUGGUUAGAUCUUCUGCUAUACUUUCAAAUGGCCCCUUCAUACUCAACUUAGAUUGUGACCAUUAUUUUUACAAUUCAAUGGCUAUUCGAGAAGGAAUGUGUUACAUGAUGGACCGCGGUGGUGAUAGGAUCUGUUACGUACAAUUCCCACAAAGAUUUGAAGGUAUUGAUCCUUCUGAUCGAUAUGCAAACCAUAAUACAGUCUUUUUUGAUGGAAAUAUGAGGGCUUUAGAUGGUCUUCAGGGUCCUGUUUAUGUAGGAACAGGUUGUAUGUUUCGGCGUUAUGCACUUUAUGGUUUUGAUCCUCCUAGGGCAAAUGAGUAUUCAGGGUUGUUUGGACAGUAUAAGCAACCAAAAGCAAGUAUUGUUCAAGAACAACACUCUGAUCAAGAUGAUGAAUCUACUACUGGUAGAGAGCAUCUGAGUUCACAUCCUGAUUUAGAACUUCCUAAAAAGUUUGGAAGCUCGAGUAUUUUUACUGAUACUAUUGCUGUUGCUGAGUUUCAAGGGAGGCCUUUAUCAGAUCAUAUUUCUGUUAAAAAUGGCCGCCCACCGGGUGCUUUGAUUCAUCCUCGUCCACCACUUGAUGCUCCUAUUGUUGCUGAAGCUGUUGCUGUUAUCUCUUGCUGGUAUGAAGAUAACACAGAAUGGGGAUCAAGAAUAGGUUGGAUCUACGGCUCAGUGACAGAAGACGUGGUAACAGGAUACAGAAUGCAUAACCGUGGAUGGCGAUCCAUUUACUGCAUUACAAAACGAGACGCUUUCCGAGGAACAGCACCAAUCAACCUAACAGAUCGUUUACAUCAAGUCCUUCGUUGGGCAACAGGUUCAGUAGAAAUCUUCUUCUCAAAAAACAAUCCAUUAGUUGCAACAAGACGCCUUAAAUUCCUACAACGAGUAGCAUAUCUCAAUGUAGGAAUCUACCCAUUUACUUCAAUAUUCCUAGUAGUUUACUGCUUCCUACCAGCUUUAUCACUUUUCUCAGGCCAAUUCAUUGUACAAGGUUUAAGCGUUCCUUUUCUCAGCUACCUUUUAACCAUAACUGUCUGUCUUAUGCUUCUGUCACUUCUCGAGGUUAAAUGGUCUGGUAUUGGGCUAGAAGAAUGGUGGAGAAACGAACAGUUUUGGGUAAUUGGAGGUACAAGUGCUCAUUUUGCUGCAGUUUUACAGGGUCUUCUGAAAGUUAUUGCAGGGGUUGAAAUCUCAUUUACAUUAACUUCUAAGUCAACUGCUGAGGAUGAAGAUGAUAUCUAUGCUGAUCUUUACAUUGUGAAAUGGACCAGUCUUUUCUGUAUGCCUCUUACCAUUAUUGUUAUCAACAUGGUUGCUCUUGUUAUCGGGUUUUCGAAAACGGUUUACAGUGUGAUUCCACAGUGGAAUAAGUUUAUGGGUGGUUGUUUCUUCAGUUUCUGGGUUUUGGCUCAUAUGUACCCUUUUGCAAAAGGGCUUAUGGGAAGGAGAGGAAGGAUGCCUACUAUAGUGUGGGUUUGGUCUGGAUUAGUUUCUAUUACUGUUUCUUUGCUUUGGAUUACAAUUAGUCCUCCACAAGGUAAUGCCAGUGUUUCUGAUGGGGCUGUUCAGGUUUAGACUCACUUGGAUGUUGUUAAUGUUCUUCUCUCGAGUCUCGAGAACUAUUGAUCGAGCAGUUUUAAGUCCCGUGUAAUGCACGAGUUUGUUGGUAGUUAUUUAACUUUUGUACUAAUAGUCUAUUUAUUUUUAUAGAACUUUUGACAUUUAUGAAAUGAUUGAUAUGGAUCUUUCAUCUUUGCUCCA